AUGACGUUUCGAGACCUGUCGGCAGUCUUCGGCCUGUCCAAGACGCUGUGCCACACGCUGGUAGAUGCGCUCCUCAUGCACUUCCCGACGGCCUUCAAGCAGCAGUGGGUCCACUUCCCGACCCGUGACGACCUUGAUGAGAUGGCGGAGGAGUUCCGCGCCAUCAAGGGAGUCCCUGCGGUGGUGGGGGCUAUAGACGGCACACACAUACACAUGAAGGGGAUGGAGGGGCACAGGCAAGAGUACUACACGCGCAAGUCAUGCUACGCCGUGCAGCUGCAGAUCACAUGCGAUGCUCGAGGCAUCAUUUGGGACUACUUGGUCGGAUACCCGGGCAUGCUUCAACUACUGCCAAAGCGCUACGCGCAUGGCAGUAGAGCGCUGCAUCGGCGCAUUCAAGGGCCGGUGGCGUCUAUUCGCGGGCCGCAAUGA